AUGUGUGUGUGAUAUAUGUUUAAGAAUUUAUAACCCUAUAUAUAUGGUGAUUUCUCUAUCUGCUAUUUCUAGCUAGUCAUACGUAGAAUUCUCAAAAUUUUCUGAGACUGAGAUCGAUGGCAUCUUCAGGAAUUGAUAAAGGAGACGAUUAUCGUUACUACUUGCAUGGAGAAGAAGAGAAGAACACCAAGUGGAGGUAUGGUUCCCCACCAAACUAUGAAGUUGUCAACAAUCUCUUUCAUGAAGGCAGAACCAAGAUAUGGCCUCCUGGAUCACUAGAAGAACGAGUGCAGAACCUUGUAAAGACAUGGGAAAUGGAGUUGUUUCAUAAGACAAGCGACGCAGACUAUAAAUCGCUUGAUUCCAGUAACUACACAUUCAGCUUAAAUGGAAGAAAAGGUAUAAGUUUGGCAGAGAAGCGAAAGCUUGGAGGAGGCUACAACUCUUUGCUGCAGACCUCUUUGCCAACUGAGUUCCGGUGCUACAACCCUGCUGAAGAAACCGUGGAUUCAUCUCAUCGAGCUUUCACAACUGCCUUCCCACGCGGUUUUGCUCUCGAGAUUCUCCAUGUGUAUUCCGGUCCUCCAGAAAUUGUGUACAAGUUCAGGCACUGGGGUUACAUGGAAGGUCCCUUCAAAGGUCAUGCCCCUACUGGAGAAUUAGUUGAACUCUUUGGGAUGGCAGUGUUUAAGUUGAAUGAAUCUGAAAAAGUAGUGAGUGUCGAGUUCUUUUUCGACCGUGGUGAACUUCUGGGAGGCCUUCUAAAGGGUGCAAGCUUGGACAGUUCCCAUGAAGAGGUGGCACCAACUUGCCCAUACUUGAGGAACACAGGGUAGCUUAUAACAGGGGAAUUCGGCAAUAUUGUUAAGUUUGCCAUAUAAUAGUAGGGUAGCUUCAUGGUCUAUCGUCUACAACCAAAUAAUUGAUCCACAAGCUCACAGAGCUAGUCUUUUACUUUCAAGAUUAAUGUAUUUCAUCAAUGUACUUAUAGCUAUUACAAUUGGACUGUAAGAAUUGAAUAAUAUUGGACAAAGCCACAAGUGCAAAAUUGGCAUACAAUGUGUAGUUAACCUGAUGGGGAUUUCGGCAUCUGCUCCUUUUCAGGAAUUUGAGACUUACAUUCUUAGCUGAUAUAAGGUGCUGUCAUGCAAUCCACUAUAUAGUUUGCUUUUUUCUGUAUGAAAAAUGGUCUGACAAACAUUUGAUAAUGUAAAAACCAAAACAAGUGAAUUGGAUGCACCAAUAAACAGAAUUGAACAAUUGUUCACUCUUCUAUAUAUAUAACCAUAUUUAUUUU